AUGACUCCUCCGAGAAAGCACCGCACCUUCAGCUUCAGCAAUCCAGAGGCGGCACUGGCUGCACCGGAUCACGUCGCGAAACCGUCGCAUGCUUCGUUUGAUCAUGAACGACCAGUCUUAACGGAGGAGGGGAGGCACGAGAUGGAGCAAGCCCGGGAGCAUCAUGAAGAACGUCGACAGAGGCUUAUUCAGGACGCGACGAUGGCGAAUGAGCACUACCGCUCUCACGCGGUAGGGUCGUCGUCGCAAGCGCAGCACGAGAAACCGUCGUGGUUUAAGCGUUUCUUUGGGUGGUGUUUCUAUAAACAGUCUAGCUGA